GACAGCACAUCUGGCAUCUUUGAGUGUGCACGGUCUCAUGAAAGGUUGCUAUAAAUUCUAACUUAAAUAAUAAUAAUAAUCGUUCGACAGUCGACAAUCUAACGAGCGAUAUGUCGGGAAACAGUAACAGGGACGAACGUUUACAUACAUUUAAAUUGAACAUUGGCCCUAUUCGUCUUAACUUUAAUCCUGUUGUAACUCUACUCGCUGCAGCAUUGAUAUGGGCGUUUGUUGGGAUAUGUAUGGGCUUCCCAGACGAGUCGAAUGAGGCAAUGAGUAAGGCCAAAAUUUGGAUCACCGAGACAUUUACUUGGUUCUAUAUCGGUAGCGUCAACGUUUGGUUUAUCUUUAUCGUGGUAGUGUAUUUCUCGAAGUAUGGCAAAUUGAAACUUGGUCGCGACGACGAUGAGCCGGAAUUCAGCGAUGCCACAUAUUUUACUAUGUUGUUCGCUGCAGGAAUCGGCGUAGGCUUCUUCUACUUCGGCGUGGCAGAGCCCGUGUACCACUAUGAACCUGGAACCAAUGGGAACCGUUAUUGGGGAAGGUUAGUUCAAUUAUAAGCCGGUUGCUAUGUAGUUGAUAAUAUAUAUAUAUAUA